UUGAAAUUGGUUUUUUUUUUUUAAUUUUUUGUGGGUAUUUUCAAUUUGGGUUUCUCUUGUUGUUGGGGGUUAUUAGGAGGAGAUGGGUAGAGGAAAGAUUGAAAUCAAGCGGAUCGAGAAUCCAACUAGCAGGCUAGUUACCUUCUCAAAGAGACGUUCUGGGUUACUAAAAAAGGCUCAGGAACUCUCUAUUCUUUGCGAUGCUGAGGUUGCCGUUAUCAUCUUCUCUAACACUGGCAAGCUAUUCGAGUUCUCCAGUUCUGGCAUGAACAAAACAAUUUCAAGAUACAACAAGAACCUAGAUUCUUCAGAGGCUGCUGUUGUAGAGUACAAGACAGAGAAGCAAGAUCUAAAAGAGGUGGAUGUUCUAAAGGACGAAAUUGCAAAGCUACAAGUGAAACAGUCAAGGCUGCUGGGUAAAGACCUUACUGGCUUGAGCUUGAAGGAGUUGCAGCAUAUAGAGCAGCAAUUAACUGAAGGGUUACUAUCUGUAAAAGAGAAAAAGGAGCAACUACUGAUGGAGCAAAUAGAGCAAUCUCGAGUUCAGGAACAACGGGCUAUGCUGGAGAAUGAAGCUUUGCAUAGACAAGUUGAGGAAAUUCGUGGUUUCUUCCCAUCAACUGAUGACUCAGUUCCUACUUAUCUCGAGUACUAUCCAGCAAAGAAUUCUCUACUGAACAUUGGUGUUACAACUCCGGAUGGGGCCUGCAAUCACACAAUGGAAAGAGAUGAUUCAGACACUACCUUGCAAUUGGGGCUGCCAAAUGGAGUUUAUCAGAAAAGGAAGCAGCUAGAGACAGAAAGCCAUUCAAAUGACUCGGAGAGUCGAGUUGGCUUGCUGUGAUGCUUUUCCCCUUGGUGUUCUCUUCUCCCUUUUGAUAGAAAUGUUAGAACCGAAUUGAGUAUGGUACAGUCGAGUCUAGUCUAGUACUCUUUGUAGGAUCAUCAGUUUGCCCCGAGAAAAACAAAUCAUGAAAUGAAGAUAUAUUUCUUUUUGUAGGAAGAAAUAUAAGUGUCAGGAGAUCUCAAAGGCAGGCUUUUUUCAAUCAGUACAGCCUUCCUUUUUCGACUCUAUUAUCGUAAGUGUCCUGUAUAUUUGUUGCAACUUCAUGUUCCAUAAUUUGAAAGAGGAAGAUUUGGUUCAAACUUAAUUUGAAGUUCCAGACUUUCCUUUCAUAUGCUCCCAAUUCA